AUGAGCAAUGGCACCCAGACACACUCCGGGACGUUCCGUCCGCACAAGCGACACCUGCAGGAGCCGCUGGACGCACAGCACCAUGCGAAGCGUCGAUUGGUGGACCACCUGGGCAACCUCUCGAUCGGCCAGGGCGGCGGCGGCGGCUUUGGUUUCUCCGCUGAUCAGAACAGCGCCAACGGCGCCAGGCCCUCUGUGUUCGGCUCGUUCACACAAGAGCAGCUGAAGAGGCCGCUAAGCGACCCGAACAGGGUGAUUAUCCGGAAUAUCGACCAGUUUCUCCGGGAGAACCCGGACCAGCUCGACCUCAUUGGCGAGAAGGUGCAGCUGGACGACCUGCGCAAGGCCGGCUUGGACAAGUUGGUGGUCUCGUGCGGGUUGGACAUCAAGAAGGCGUGGAGCAAGAUUGUGUCCCGCUACCGCUCGAAGCAGCCGGUGGGGGAGCACAACACGGAUGUUGACGAGCUCGUGUACAAGCUCAUCUGGGAGGAGUACCUUGCCAAGUACUUCUCGCUCAUCAAGUACUACGAUCCGUUGAAGAUGGUGUGGCAGAAGUACACCACCUGGCUCCAGAAGAAGCGCAACCCGACCCUCAAGAGCCCCUAUAUCACAGAACUAGACAGCGACGGCGAUGACAUCAUGGUCGACGAGGACGACGAGGGCCCCGCCGUGGCAACCGACGCCAACGUUGAUGUCGACGAGCUCUCCGAGCGGGAACAGAGCCUCAGAGACGGCACCAGUGGCUACGGCUCCUAUUACACAAGGGACGACCACUGGCACGACUUGGCGCUCCCUGGCUACCACCAGAUGGACGCCAUGAUUGAAGACGUCGACGACGGCGAUGGCGGCAGCGGCAACAGCGGCAGCGUCGCCACCGCUAACGAUAAUGAUAACGACGUGAUGAUGGAGGACGACUGA